GCAACCUUUCGAAACUUCUAGGCGUUGAGGAGUCCAAGGCACAUCUUUACGAGGCUAAAGGAGCGAAUUGGACUUGUUUAGAUGGAUCUGCUACUAUACCGUACGAAGCUAUUAAUGAUGACUUCUGUGAUUGUGCAGAUGGAUCAGAUGAACCGGGUACAUCGGCAUGCCUUAAUGGUAAAUUCUAUUGUAGAAAUGUGGGACACAUUCCAUCUUAUAUACCAUCUAGCCGCGUUAAUGAUGGCAUCUGUGAUGAAUAUGAUGGAAAAAUAAAGUGUCCUAAUAUAUGUAAAGAAGCUAGCGCAGAGUAUCAUAAAAAGUUAAAGGAAAUAGAAAAUUUGCGAGCUCAAGGUAUACGAAUAAGAAAUGGUUAUAUAGAAGACGGUAAGAAGUUAAGGAUACAACGUGAAGCUGAAUUAAAUCGACUAAGAACUGAACUUGAAGCCGCAAAGAUUAGAGUUAGAGAACGUGAAGCGGCUUUGAAAAAGAUUGAAGCUAGGAAAACGGAUACGGAGCAGUCAGGGUCUAAAG